AAAGGCUAAAAUGGCGGAGGAGGCUGUUUCUAAUAAAUACCUGAAGACAGCAGUCUUUCCUAGUUUGGAGGAAGAAGGGGAGAGCUCCAUCCAGUACAUGUAACCUACGCUCAACCCCGCGGUUUUCCCUGCGUUGGAUGAUGCCGAUCCUACUUUCCACUGGCUGUGUAUUUCCCCUUCCUUCCUGUGUGCAGUAGCAGCGGCUAUAGGAUAGUGAAGGAAUGAAGAAAAAAAGAGAAAUAAUUAAAAAAACACCAAACCAAAACAGGCGGAGAAUGAAAGAAAUUAGGAGACCUUAAACUUACGACGAGAAAGAGUCAGUGUUCUUACAGUAACAAUUGAAGAGGGAACAGAGGUGGAGACUCAGGAAGAGGGAUGUAGAUUAAAGCGGCGGAAGAGGAAGAGGGGCCUAAGAUUUACUGUAUCGCGGCGCCUAGGAAGUCGCUGCUGGUGGAUCCGCCCCCCUAAGGGAGGGAGUGAGAGAGAGAGAGACAGGCUGGCUGGCUGGCCUGCUGGCUGGGGCCGUUGGAAUAGAUACCUUUUCGCUUCAUAUGCUCACCCCCCCCCCCCCCCCCCCCUUCAUUUCUUUCCCCUUUUUGUUGCUUGUUCGUUUCGCGCUUGACAGUCACUGCGUAAGUCGGGAGGGACCUAGGCUAAAACGACGCUCGAGCAACCCAGCAGGAGCCUAGGGACAAGCCUGGGCUACAGCCUCAAAAUUAGGAUGUCCCGUCAUGAAGAGAAGGGAAUACCAUUGAAGAUGCCUUUACGAGUGAGGUUUGAUCACUAGAUAUUGCAACAAUUUUGUGGCGUCAGUAUGCAAGAUUUUCUCCCAUCUGUCUCCCUGUUUCCACACCACUGCCGCUGUGUUGGUCUUUGAUGAGGUGUCAGCUGUGAUGCAUGUUUAAAAGGAAAUUUUCGAGGUCGCAGAUACAAGUGUUUAAUUUGCUACGAUUACGAUUUAUGUGCAACUUGUUAUGAAAGUGGUGCAACAACAACAAGGCAUACAACUGACCAUCCAAUGCAGUGCAUACUAACAAGAGUAGAUUUUGAUUUGUAUUAUGGUGGAGAGGCUUUCUCUGUAGAGCAGCCACAGUCCUUUACUUGUCCUUAUUGUGGAAAGAUGGGUUAUACGGAAACAUCUCUUCAAGAACAUGUGGCUUCUGAACACACAGAAACAUCAACAGAGGUGAUCUGUCCAAUAUGUGCAGCAUUACCUGGAGGGGAUCCUAAUCAUGUCACCGAUGACUUUGCAGCUCAUCUUACACUGGAACAUAGAGCUCCUAGAGAUUUAGAUGAAUCUAGUGGUGUUCGGCACGUACGUAGAAUGUUUCACCCAGGCCGGGGUUUGGGAGGCCCUCGUGCACGUAGAUCAAACAUGCACUUUACUAGCAGUUCCACUGGUGGGCUUUCAUCUUCUCAGAGUUCAUAUUCUCCAAGCAAUAGAGAAACCAUGGAUCCUAUAGCUGAACUUUUAUCUCAGUUAUCAGGCGUGAGACGUUCUGCAGGGCAGCUCAAUUCUUCUGGCCCUUCUGCUUCUCAGUUACAGCAGCUGCAGAUGCAACUGCAGUUGGAGCGACAGCAUGCACAGGCAGCAAGACAACAACUGGAGACUGCACGCAAUGCAACUAGACGCACUAACACAAGCAGCAUUCCCACCACUCUUACACAAUCUAUAGCAGCAACCAAUACAUCUAACGUGGAAAGCAAUCAGCAGACUAUACAGAAUUCCCAGUUUCUUCUUACAAGGUUGAAUGAUCCUAAGAUGUCAGAAGCAGAGCGUCAAUCAAAGGAAAGUGAACAGGCAGACCGCAGUUUGUUUGUUCAAGAGCUUCUACUGUCCACUUUGAUGCAGGAAGAAAGUUCCUCCUCAGAUGAGGAUGAACGAGGAGAGAUUGCUGAUUUUGGUGCUAUGGGCUGUGUAGAUAUUAUGCCUCUAGAUGUUGCUUUAGAAAAUCUAAAUUUAAAAGAGAAUAAUAAAAGAAAUGAGCCUCCUCUUUGAUGGCAUCCCACUGUGCAGACAAUGUCCUCUGUGUUGUAUUUGCCAAUGAAAGUGGACAGAAACUAUCUUGGGUUUGUUUUGGUGAUUGUAAUUUCAGGUCUGUCAUUCUUGUUACAUUGUGUACAUUCAAAGGAAGAGAAAAAAUAUAUAUAAUAUAAUCAUUUCCAUUUAACCAAUUUUUACUUUUAGCAGGUAAAUAUAGGUUGCAGUGCACAGAAAAAAGCUCUGCGUUCUGUACCUUGACAUGCAAAAAGCUCUCUCAAUAGUCCACAUUAAAACUGAAGAGGAGAAAAUGAAAAAUCUCUAAUGAAGCUGCUGUGUGUAUUUAUGAAUAUUAAUGAAUAAAGAUUGCUUGGAUGGUUUACCUGAA